AUGACCAACAGACCUCAACCCGCCGUUUACCUAGUCUCAGGCAGCGGGCCCACCACCGUCGCCAUAGCACAAAUCGAGUUGAGGAAAGUUUUCACCUUCCACGCCGUGUGGAAGUGGAUUCUUUCCAAACAACCCCAGUAUAUUGGAAAACCCAUGGUAAUAGAGAACCGCUUUUUCGUCGAAACCGAGAUCGUGGCUGAUGAUCAACAAUUGCCGAUUGGAAGCACUGGAUUUCACCGCAUCUUCGACGACGCAUCCUGGGACGACUGCAAGAUCGAUCUCCUCGCUCACAACAUUCCCGAUUUCCCCGGAGCCGCAAACCGUAAGCCUAUCUUCAGCGUCAGGGUCCUCCAGCCCGACGUUGACGUGUUUGAUUUUCAGAAUAGGGAGAUUGUGUUCUACUCUGUUUGGAAACUGCUUAACAUAAUUAGCUCCCCCCCCCCGGACGAGGAGAUGCUUCAGCCUAGAGGCCACCUCCUGGCCUAUCUCCAGGCUCUUGGGGAGAGAGGUCAAUAG